GCCGCGAGUUUAUCCGCGAACUGAACUGCAAUUUUCAGGUUUAAUCAAAGGAAAGUGCACAUUAGGUGCAUAAAUUAUUGUAAUUUAAGUUUAUAAUGACAAUGGAACAGAAAGACACAGCUCCAAAUAAUGGUACAAUCACAAUUAAUGAUGCAGCACAACAUUAUCAGAAUGGAAGUAACAAUACAGCUUUAACCCUCAAUUAUUCGGAGGUAGAAGCGCAGUUUGUGUGCAUACUGUGCAACAAGUCGUUCUACAAUGCCGUGGCGCUCCUGAACCACAAGAAGCUUCAGCAUGAUAACGCGGGCUCCGGCGGGGCCGACGCCAUCUUGCCGGUACUCGAUCCUGAUGACUAUAACAUAAACAACGCCUGCGGCUUCAAGUUCGUACCUCUGAAGCAGGAGCCGGCCAGGUGCGACGACAUGGCGACCCACAUGUUCACUGAAGACACGUCGUACCUGGUGGUCAGGUUGUCCACCGGGAACGACGCGGAUGUCGGCAAGAGGAAGCGGCUGGAGGGAGUGGUGAAGAGGACACAGGUGAAACAGAAGCCCGCUGUAGACUUGAGGGGUCCCUUCACCUGCACGUUCCCGUCGGCGCUCCGGCCUGACUUCCAGUGUCGCCAGAUCUUCUUCAACUGCUGCGAAUAUUCCAUGCACUUCCGAGAAGAACACACGAAGCGACGCAAAGCCGCGUUACGCUGUCAGGUCUGCGAGAAACGACUAGACAGAGACUUCUAUCCGACCACGCCCUUAGCCGCCCAGCUGCAAGCGGCAAACAGACUCACCUUCUCAUGCAGAAUCUGCGGACAAACGUUCCUAGACAGCGCACAAUACGACGAGCAUAACCGAAUAUUCCACGCGAAAAUGAAGCCUCACCAAUGCUCGCUAUGCUUCAAAAGAUUCACACAGCAGGGUGGGUUACAGCAGCAUAUGAGAAUGCACACCGGUAUCAGACCCUUUGGCUGCACCUUCUGCCCUAAAGCCUUCACACAAAAGGCGGGCUUAGACCAGCAUCUACGCACACAUACCAAGAUUAAGCCAUUUAAGUGCGUCAUCUGUAACAAAUGCUUCUCUCAGUCCGUGCAUUUGCGACAGCAUAUGAGGACUCACACUAACAUCCAGCCGUUUGAGUGUUCCGUCUGCGGGCGUAGGUUCAAGCAGACCAGUCAUCUGAACUUCCACAUGCGAUCUCACGGAUCCCUAGGGGUGCCCAAUGAUCCCGUGGAGAAAUAUCCCACUCCGCAGAAUAUGCCGGUUCAGGACAAUUUGCUGGACUUUCUGAAUCUGUCGAAUCUGCAGCCAAUGGGCGAGGGGGACAACUUGUAUUAUGUGGCCGAGUUGAACCCGACGCCCGCGCCUCACCCGCCUAUGGCCAACUAUAUAUGGGCGGUGUAUGUCCCGGGGGCGGGGCGGCGGGCGGGCGGCGGCGGCGUGGGGCGCUGCGCCGGCGCACACUCGCCGCCGCGCGCGCGCCCGCCACGCAUGAAGACCGAGGAGCUCCCCGGCUCGCCGGCCGCCCGCCGCGCGCCCGCCCGCCGCCAGGAGAAGCCGCCCUUCUCCUACAUCGCGCUCAUCGUCAUGGCCAUCCGCCACUCGCCCAACAAGCGCCUCACGCUCAGCGAGAUCUACGCCUUCCUGCAGCAGCAGUUCCCCUUCUUCCGCAGCUCGUACCAGGGCUGGAAGAACUCGGUGCGCCACAACCUCAGCCUCAACGAGUGCUUCGUGAAGCUUCCGAAGGGGCUGGGCCGGCCGGGCAAGGGCCACUACUGGACCAUCGAUCCGUCGUCCGAGUUCAUGUUCGAGGAGGGCUCGUACCGGCGGCGCCCGCGCGGCUUCAGGCGCAAGUGCCAGGCGCUGAAGCCGCAGUUCGGGGGCGGCGGGUACCUGUGCGGGGCGGGCGGCAGCGGCGGCAUGCUGGCGCAGGGCGGCGGGUACGAGGUGGCGGCGGGCGGCGGCGGCGACUACGCCUGCUACCCGGCGCAGCAGCUGGGCUACGGCGGCGACUACUGCGGCUACGGCGGCGAGCGCGAGUGGGGCUUGCCGUAUGCGGAGCCCUACCGCGCGCCGCCGCCGCCCAGCCCGCACGACCUGCCCGACCUCAUCCCCAGCUACCAGUACUCCGUGCCCAACGAACAUGGUCCAAGCACGAUGUUUCCCGGCGUCCGCGGCGUCCACGGCCAGAUGCUGAGCUCCGGCGGACCAAUCAGCGGGCUCGGGGGCUUCGGCCUCCCGUCCCCGCUCCCCGCCUUGCCCCCCGACCGCAAGGCCUACACCUCACCCCCUCCGACGCCCUUGCCCAACCCGCUGCCGACGUCUAUGACCGGGAUACAGUCAGCCCCGUCGUCGCUCGUCAACACGCAACCGAUAGCCACGUCUACCAGUGUCCAAGCUUACUACGAUCACAUGAAGUAUUCUAUGCAAUAGUUGGUUGCAAUGCCUGCCUAGGCAUACCUAUAGGGUUAUACGUAUGUGAAAGAUUUGUAACACGGGCUGUUAAAGCCUUGUAGGUCUGCCUAGUGCCUCCUAUAUUGAUAUUUUAUUUUACCAACUCAGUCUACUGUUAUGUAGGUAUCUAGUACUAAACUAUAAUAAUACCUAUGGCUAAGUUCUGUUCUCUGUGCACGCACAUAAAAUAUUACUUACAGCUAUUUGGUAGACCGAUCAAUCAAAUAUUAUUAUUUAGAUGAAAACCAAAGUUUAAUAAGAGAUUUUAAUUUUACAAAUUAAUGACAAAAAAUCCCGAUAUGUUCGUACCUUCAUGUAUAAGUAAUAAUUAUUUAUUUAAACGAACUUAUUGAAUUUUUGAGGGCAUUUUAAUUCAGUGUUUCUCAGCCUCAUCAAUUAAAUUUUAUUGGGUAGGUAAUAAGCACAUAAGAGCACCAUUUCUUGCAAUUUAAUAAUCAUGAACGUAUACAUACUUAAAUAAUUAUUUAAGUACUUACCUACCGUAAGAACAGUUCAAGGAUUUUAAGCCCAAACCUAAAGAAUAACUUUGGCUUCAUUUAUAAAACAAUCUACUUAGCUUCAUAAACACAAAACCGUUCUCUUGUAGUAGAGUACAAUAAAUUAUGGAGUACCAACGUAGUUAUAUGAAAACAUGGUAAUUAUCAUGGAUAAAUUAACCAUAACAUAGAUUAACUAUAAUUUUGUUUUUUUUUCACUUUCUUCCCAGUAUACCUACUUAGCUAAUUUGUGGUCAGAAUAGCUAACAGAUAUUUUAAUUUGCUGAUCCUUCUGCUGUCUGCAUAGUUACUGCUGCUUGCAAGACCUCGGAAUAAUGUAAUAGUAGUAAUACUAGUAUAAUACGACACGGAUCGAAGCAGUAAGAAAACUACGAAUGUCUUUAUUUAUUUUUUUAAAUUUAGUUAACCGGUGGAAUUUGAGUGAUAUCGUGGAAACCAUGGGGAAUAUUUUUCGUCGGGCAGUAAACAUAAUACGUUAGCACUAUUUAUGAUAAGUACUUAUCAAUAAAAAGCUUGAUUCUUCUGCUUUUUUGAAUAGGCGAUCGUUUAGGGAUUUAAAUUCACAACUGUGUCUUACUAGUUUAUGUACAAAAGAGAAUAUAAGGAAUAAAUUCAAGUAACAUUAAAUGUCUUCCCAAAAUUAAGUAUAAAUGUAUCUAUAAAGCAGCUAAAGCUGGUCUAGGGAAAGGCUAGCCAGUCAGAAUAGCGUUAUAAGUUUAAAUCAUGAAGUAUCCACCUAUGCAUAUAGGUAACAUACACUGUUUCCGAAGUCCAACUUGGUGAGUCUAUAGGCAACUUGAAUAAAUGUUUAACUCUAGCUUCAUGCAAAAAUAUUAAAUCUAUGUCUU